AUGAUGCUGGUGGCCAAGGAGUUCGGCGCGCUGUCCCCGCCCGCGGGGGCGGCGGCGGCGGCGCGGAGGUGGGCCCCGCCGUCCACGGCGCGGGUGUCGCCGAGGGGCGGGUCGCCGGUGGGGGACCUGUGGCUGCGGACGCGGGGAGGGGGGGACGGGCCCGGCGGGAGCCAGCACGGGAGCCACGAGAGCGACAUGGACCUCGCCAUGCUCGUCAGCGACUUCCUCGAGGGCGGCGGCGGGAGCGGGGGCGACUCGCGCGGCAGCAGCGACGGCGAGCCCGGCGGCCUCCACGACCUCGCCCACCUCGCCGACAAGAUCUCGAUGUACAAGCAAGCUGGAGACGAGAAGGAAAACGAGCUGCUCUCCGUGGUUCACUCGCUGCUGUUCUCCAUCCAUGAGACAGAGCUCCAGGAUUUCGUAAGAGGUCAAUGCACUGGCAGCUGCAUCCGUCAUCUACUCGUGAAGCUCCUGAGGUACUCGGGAUACGACGCGGCCGUCUGCGUGUCCAAAUGGCAGGGGUUCGACAAGAUACCUGGAGGUGACCAUGAGUACAUUGAUGUCAUAAUAGACAACGACCUGACGGGUCCAGAGCGUCUGAUCAUCGACAUCGACUUCAGGAGCCACUUUGAAAUAGCCAGAGCAGUCGAUCCUUACGGCACCCUGCUGGACUCGCUCCCGGUGGUCUACGUCGGCACCCUUCCAAGACUGAAGCAGUUCCUGAACGUGAUGGUCGACGCGGCGAAAUGGUCCCUGAAGCAGAACUCCAUGCCCCUGCCUCCGUGGAGAUCCCUGUCCUACCUCCAAAUGAAGUGGCACUCCAAGUACGAGCGGAAAGGCCUGCAAUCUGAGCAGCAAGAGUUCCAGGGCGCAUCCCCGAGCCGCACGCUGUGCUUUGGGCAUCUGAAGCGGCUGAAAUCCUCACUGCGGUUGGAACUCGAGACCGGAAGGUUGCUCAUGAUGCCGGUCAUGCAGGCCGGCACGAAGAGGACGGCAAUGUACGAGAGGCGGCGUAGACGCUCCCUGCUCAGCUUCUGA